AUGCCCCUUCAUAAAGUUGGGGAAGACACUGAUGAAGCAACGGACAGAGACAACAUCGAAACAGGGGAUGAUGGACCAUCGUGUGGUUCUGGAUUAUGUGGGAUCCUCCUUACAUUUCUUUCCAUGGUGCUGAUCAUCGCAACCCUCCCUCUGAGCAUAUGGAGCUGCCUAAAGAUUGUUGCAGAGUAUGAGAGAGCUGUGAUCUUCCGUUUGGGGCGAAUCGCGGGGCGAGCAAAGGGCCCUGGCAUUUUAUGGGUUAUCCCAUGCGUGGACACUUUUCGAAAGGUUGACAUGAGGACAGUGUCGUUCAACAUACCUCCCCAGGAGUUAACCUGUACUGCUUUCCUAAUACAGGUACUUACCAAAGACUCAGUGACCAUUAUGGUUGAUGCUGUGGUGUAUUAUCGCGUCUUCAAUCCCAUCGCGAACCUCGUCCAAGUGGAGGACGCAAACGUGGCCACGCAAAUGAUCGCACAGACCACCCUGAGAAACAUGCUGGGCACGAAGAGUCUGGCGGAGCUCCUGAUGGACCGUGAGGAGAUGGCUGAACAGAUGGAGGUGGUGCUGUACGAGGCUUCCAAACACUGGGGUAUCAAAGUGGAGAGAGUGGAGCUUAAGGACGUCAAGCUGCCCCAGAGUCUGCAGAGAGCCAUGGCUGCAGAGGCAGAGGCGUCCCGGGAAGCCAGGGCCAAGGUCAUUGCAGCCGAGGGCGAGAUGAACGCUUCCAGGGCCCUGAAGGAGGCUGCGGACGUGAUGUCUCAGUCGCCCGCUGCCCUGCAGCUGCGCUACCUGCAGACGCUGUCCGAGAUCGCCGGCGAGAAGAACUCCACCGUCAUCUUCCCCAUCCCUCUAGACAUGAUGUCGGCCUUCAUGAAGAAAUAA